AUGAUUAAUGAUAAUAUUAAUAAUAAUAUUCAAUUUACUCCUUCUGCUGCUUCAGGCGUUGUAGAAGGGGAAUCUACAACUGCCAUCAAGAACAACAUUAAUGUCAAAUAUGAAGCAAAUGCUGUUGAUUCUAAUUUAGAUGAACAAUUCAAAAAUAUAUCACAAUUUGUUUAUUUAGAAGCAGCAGCAGAAGGAUCAGGAAGACAUGAAGAUAAAGAAGUUGAAGAGAAUAAUAAAUUUCAAAUUAGUUCAAUUAAAGAAGAACAAAUAGAAAAAGAAUCAUCAUCUUCAUCAUUAGAUAUUAUGUCAACUCAAAAUAAUGAAGAUUCAAAUGAUGAUUUUAAUGAAUUUAUUGAUAUUCCGAAUUUAGUAUCUGAUAAUGAAUCAGAUGAAACAAGAACAGUUUCUACUAAUUAUGAUAUUUCAUAUUGGAAUCAACAAAGAUCUUUGCAACCAACCCCAGCAACAAUUCAAACAUCAAUUGCUUCCCCCUCCCCAUCACCUUCUCAACCACCAUCACCACAACAACAACAACAACAACAACAACAACAACAGCAACAGCAACAGCAACAACAACAACAACAGAUUCCAAGAAGUGUACCAACAGCUAAUGAAAUACAAAUCAAAAAAGAGAUCAUUGAAAGCUUAAGUAAUUUAAGAAGUAACUUUCAAAAUCAAAUAACUCCACAACAAUUUAAAUAUCAACGUACUCAAUUAAUGACAAUAAUUGUUAAAUAUGUUGCCACCAAAAUUUAUAAUACUUUCCCACCAAAUCCAACAUUUAAAAAAAAUGAUUUACCAUUAGAUAAAUUUCUUUUAUUAUUAACAAGUAGAUUAAAAAUUUCAUUAGAUGUAUUUUUAAAAUCAAUAAUUUAUUUAUUUAGAUAUAUGGAUAUUAUAUAUUUAUUAAGAUAUUUAAAUCAAACAAAUAAUUUUGUUAAUUAUAAUGAUAUGGGAUUUGAAUUAAAGAAAUUAAUAAUUGGAUGUUUUAAAUUAACUAUUUUAAAAGAAAAUAAAAUAAUUAAACAAAAACAACAAAAAUUUAAUAAUAAUAAUUUAAUUAAUAAUAAUAAAUUUGGUUCAAUAAAUAAUUUAAAUUGGGAAAGGAUCACUGGUUUAAAAAAUCAAGAAAUUAAUAAAAUUGUUAAUCAAUUAGUUAAUAGAAUGAAUGGUAAAUUAAAUAUUAAAGAUAUUGAAGUUGUUAGAAUGAAGAAUGAAAUGUUUAGAUUUGUUAAAAUGGUUUCAACUGAAGCUUAG